UUUCUUCAAACGUUCAAGUUCAAACGGUUUUGUGAUUCUUAUCCGCAGCAACAACAUUUUCCAGCAGCAAAAUGAACCGACUUUCCCGCUGGCUUGGCCGGCUGACGCUGCGUUCCGGCACCAAAACGCGGUUCCCGCAGCAGCAGCAAGGAUAUCUGCACAAGAAAGUGACCACAACGUACUCGUUCGACUCGGUGGAUUACGAGGAAAUUGGGUUGCCGACUAGGUUCCAAGAACCGCCGCGUGUUCCCGAGGGGCACGACACUCGAAAAUCAUUUUGGAGCCGUUUCAUCCGAAGCAAUCUCUUCAAAAGCAAGCAGGAGAAAUCCCCAAAGUCGUCGCGAUCUUUUAGCUGGCUUCCGGGCGUAGCCCGGCCUUCUCCGGAAACGAUAAUCCUGCAGGAGCAACUCCAAGAGGACCGCAACCAGCUGGCCCGGUGGCGACUCAACGAGUCCGAUUUGAAGAAACGUCGCGGCUACUUUUGCGCCACAAACAGGCCGCUGAUUUGCGUGUGCGACUGCCCGGUGGGAACGUACAGCCGGAUCCGGCCGGCGGAGGACCGUCCGGCGGUGCCGAGAACGACGUCCUGGGACGCCCGGUGGGUGUUUUCGGUGGAUUUGGAGCGAUUGGAGGCGGAAUCCUACGAGAGGAUCGAGAGAAUGCUCUAUGCUUAG